AUUCCCCAAAUCUCACCAUUCAAAUUCUUCCUCUCCAUUUUUCUCUUCUCCUCCGCCGCCACCGCCGUCAAAAUCACGCUCUCUCUUAGUUCAAAAAUGUCAGAAAACAGAUUCUUAGGCAACAUUUCUGCCUCUUCGUUCCGAAAUCUACUUCCAAAAUCAGUUUCAACUAAGAAAAAGUUGAGUUCAAGCCGAUUUAAACACAAAAUGAACAGUGAAAAUGUUGCUCCUAUAGAUCCCAACAUUCAGAUCAGUGAUCCACCGUUGUUACCUACAAGUUCGAUACUUAAAAAACCCGUCUUGAAGACGAUUGAUAGUGAUGUAUCGGCAGAACUCACCAGAUCUGUUGCACAGGAACAAACAUCAGAAGCUCCUGAUCCACCAGUUAAGGUUGUUGCAAGGAUUAGGCCUGCUAAUGGUAUUGAGAGUGGAAGCCAAGCUGUUCGCAAAGUUUCUGAUACCUCAGUGUGCGUUGCUGAUAGAAAGUUUAACUUUGACAUGGUUUUUGGUUCAAAUUCGAAUCAGGAAGACAUAUUUCAAUCGGUUGGUGCCCCUUUAGUUAAGGAUGCAUUGGCAGGUUACAACACUUCUCUCUUAGCUUAUGGACAGACCGGAAGUGGCAAGACUUAUACAAUGUGGGGACCUCCUAGUUCCAUUGUUGAAGUUCCAUCACCUAAUGGUCUUCAAGGCAUUGUGCCGCGCAUUUUCCAGACGUUGUUUUCUAGCAUACAAAAGGAGCAAGAGAACUCUGAAGGUAAACAGAUAAAUUACCAGUGUCGUUGCUCAUUCCUAGAGAUAUAUGAUGAACACAUUGGGGAUCUACUUGAUCCUACACAGAGAAACUUAAAGAUAAUGGAUGAUCCAAGAGUUGGAUUCUAUGUUGAGAACAUAACUGAGGAAUAUGUGUCUACCUAUGAGGACGUAUCCCAAAUGUUGAUUAAGGGCCUUUCAAGUAGAAAAGUUGGAUCAACGAGCAUCAAUUCGAAGAGUUCUAGGUCCCAUAUUGUUUUUACCUGCGUCAUUGAGUCCUGGUGCAAGGAGUCCUCAUCAACGUGUUUUGGUAGCUCAAAGAUGAGCAGAAUGAGCCUUGUUGAUCUUGCUGGAUUUGACAAAAAUAUACCUGAUGAUGCCGGUAAACAGUUUGUUAAGGAAGGGAAGUACGUAAAGAAGUCCACAUCACUGCUCGGGCAUUUGGUUAAUGUCCUCUCUGAAAGGAGUCAGUCCAGGAAACUUGAGGAUGUUUCGUACAGCAGUUCCACUUUGACUCAUUUAAUGAGAGAAUCACUUGGAGGGAAUGCUAAACUCUCCGUCAUAUGUGCUAUCAGCCCAGAAAACAAGCAUAAUAGUGAAACAGUAAGCACUCUGAGAUUUGGGAAACGGGUGAAACUCAUACCAAAUGAGCCAUUGGUAAAUGAAAUAACAGAAGACGAUGUUAAUGGCCUGAGUGAUCAGAUUCGCCAAUUGAAGGAAGAGCUUAUAAGAGCUCGGUCAAGUGCAAGCAUUUCAGUCGGAAGCAACUAUGGAUCCUUCAGAGGACCAAAUGUACGUGAAAGCUUGAAUCAGUUGAGAGUGAGCCUUAACCGUUCACUGAUCUUACCUAACAUAGAUAAUGAGCGUGAAGAAGAAGAGGUUCACAUAAAUGAGGAUGAUAUAAAAGAACUACAGCUCCAGAUCGAUAACUUACGUGGUUCACGUGGAAAUAACUCAAACUCUCUCAAGUAUUCAUCUGGAGAAAGUGAACACUAUAUCAGCUGUUCAGAAGAAAGUGAAGGUGAAGAAAUUAACUCAGAAGAGAUACUGGAGGAGACCCUUGAUGCUGACCACGAGAUGGAAACACUGCAGCCUGAAUACUGUAGCAGCAUCUCAAUCGGCCCAUCUCGCCAUUCUGCUGAUCUUCCGGGCCCGGUGUUAUCUGAGUCCCCAAAGUUUCGGAACAUGCAGAGGAAGAGCUUAAUUAUCUCCAGUGAAGAUAAUAUUCAAUGUUCCUCCAAAAGUUCUGAAUUGCCGUCCCUACCACAGAAACAAGACCUUGUCCAGUCUUCUUUGAGGUCCAGCAGAAUAUUUCCUGGGCCAACUGAAUCCUUGGCUGCCAGUCUACAUAGAGGACUAGAGAUCAUUGAUUAUCACCAAAGGAAUUCCGCAUCAAAUAAAUCUUUAGUUUCCUUCUCUUUUGAACAUUUGGCAGUGAACCCAAGCUCAAUGUCAAAUGAUAAGGCAAAUGCUUCUAUUCAAACAUCAUCCGAAGAAGGACAAACUUCUCCUUUUGUAGCCACUUCAUUUCUGUGCCCAAAGUGCAAGACGAAAGCAACUUCCUCUAGUGUUGUUAAGGAUAGCACUGGGACAUGGAUGGUCCCCAUGGAAGGGGCAAGUACGGAACAAGAUUCGGAGAAAGUUUUGUUCCAAGCUCUAGAGAGAGAGAAGCAGCUUGAAAGUGUAUGCAAGGAUCAAGCAGACAAACUUGAGCAGCUAAACCAACUACUAGCACACUGUAAAUGCACAAAAGAACAGAGUUCUCUAGUUGACUGUGGCAACGAUGUUGUUGAUCUCCACGACAAUGAGAAUCAAGCUUCACUAAUCUAUCAGAAUGGGAGUCAAUCACCCAACAUCCCAAAGCUCCUGAAGUGGGAUGAUGAAAGUCCUGAGCCUGAAGCUGCAGGAGAGAAGUAUGAAACUAAAGAAAUUCAGGGCAAUGUGGAAAACUGUGGUGGGAAAAAAAUGUUUGAUAUGGCUGAGAGAGAAGCACUACUUGAAGAAAUUGGAGGCCUAAGGUCCCAAUUGAAGUCAGAUGGAGCAUCUACAAAUAAAUCAAUUGAAAGAACCAGAUCCUCUUUGUUAGCACAAUCAAUGCAGCUGAGAAAGAGUGGUGUAUAUGCAGCUACAAGUUCUGGUGAAGAACUUGAGAAGGAAAGAGAAAGAUGGACUGAAAUGGAGAGCGAGUGGAUUUGUCUAACUGAUGAGCUUAGAAUUGAUCUUGAGGCUUAUCGCCAGCGUGCAGAAAAGGUGGCAAUGGAAUUAAUGUUGGAGAAGAAAUGCACAGAUGAGUUGGAUGAUGCCCUCAAAAGAUCGGUCUUUGGGCAAGCCAGAAUAAUUGAGCAUUAUGCAGAAUUACAGGAGAAGUACAAUGACUUAGCUGAGAAGCAUAAGUUGAUCUUGCAAGGGAUACAAGAUGUGAAAAAUGCUGCAGCAAAAGCAGGAAAGAAAGGUCAUGGUGCUCGUUUUGCCAAAUCUCUUGCUGCGGAGCUCUCAGCUUUGAGAGUGGAAAGGGAAAGAGAGAGGGAAAUGCUGAAAAAGGAGAAUAAAAGCUUGAGAGUUCAACUUAAAGACACUGCUGAAGCUGUUCAUGCUGCAGGAGAACUUCUUGUUAGAUUGAGAGAAGCUGAGGAAACAGCUUCACUUGCUGAGGAGAACUUUACACAAUCAAAGGAAGAGAAUGAGAGAUUGAAGAAGCAAAUAGAGAAGCUGAAGAGAAAACAUAAGAUGGAGAUGAUAACAAUGAAACAGUAUCUUGCUGAGAGCCGAUUGCCAGAAGCAGCGUUGAGACCGCCAAUUUACAGGCAAGACUCUGAUGUAGCAAACAAUGACAACAACAACACCAUCCAACAUUCUGAGUACGAUGAUGAUCAAUCAUGGAGAGCAGAAUUUGGUGCCAUUUAUCAAGAACACAUAUGAGACAUAUUUGAUUGAACUAUGGAAACAGGCGAAGACCCUGCUUGGGACUUUGCUGACAACUUUCUAAUCUUUGAUCACACCUUAGUGUUUAUUUAGGGAUGAAUUGGUUGUAUUCUUAUUGAUUUCAUCAUUCUUUUGAGACUUGAUUGACCAGAUUUGACGUUUGUUGUGAGCUGUUUCUUCAGCUUGUUAAUAAUAAUGCUUGAUGUUUCCUAA